CACAGCGCGAAGAGCGUGCGCAAAACGAGCUCAUCUUAAAAGUGUCCGGCCGCCACUGUCAUCUAUCUCAAGAGAAACGAUAGUGACUUAUCCAGCAGGCAGGAUGUUCAGUUUUCAUAAACCAAAGGUGUAUCGAUCUAGUACGGGCUGCUGCAUUUGUAAAGCUAAAUCUAGCAGCUCAAGAUUUACAGACAGCAAAAAGUAUGAGGAUGAUUUUAUGCCAUGUUUUCAACUCGAGGAAAGGCGUAGUGGGGAAAUAUGCAAUGCAUGUGUACUUCUAGUAAAGAGAUUUAAGAAACUGCCUCCAGGAAGCAAUCGACACUGGAGACAUGUUGUGGACGCGCGCGCCGGUCCUGGAAUCAAAUCGCUAACAAAAUUUAAAGCAAAAAAUAAAAGGAAGCUUAAAGAUAAACCUGACAAAUUUAUCAAGAAGAAACAUACAUAUAUAAAAACAGAAGCCGAUCGAGAACAAAGUCCGGCGAUGAGCGAUGAUUUGACUGAAGAUUACAGAUUAACAGACAGUAAAGCUUCAAGUAGAUCGGAAAGCGCUUCCGAUGAUGAAGACGUUGGCACAAAUGAGAAACAAUUGGAUCUUGCUUCUGAAGAUCAAAAUAUGACAGAAGACGAUUCUAAUUUCAUUGAUCUAUCAUACUACAAAAGGCAAAUGAUCUGUUGCGGAAGCAUUUUCAAGGGUGCCUAUGGUGAGGUAAUAAUGUGUCCUCCUUUUCUCAAACCUUGCACUUUGCUCACCAGGCAGCUCGUUACUUCUUUGACAUCUGCCAGUCCUAUUCAUAGUUCCGCAUCCGCCAGUCCUGCUCAUAGUGUUGAAUCUACAUCAUCAAGUCCAGAAACAAAUUCUAAACAAAGUACCAAGACCUUCAGUGAUUCGUCAUCCGAUUCCGGUUACGACGAGUCUUCCAAUCAGUACGAGAGCAAGAUAGCGAAGAACGUCCAGGUCAAAGAGGAUGUGGAGAUGAUGGAGGAGGCUGUGAGACCCAUUGAGCUAGAUCAGUUAUCUAGCUGCAAAUCAUUGCAAGUCGUCAAGGUUACUAAUCAAUCACUCCAGUCGAUCUCCAAUUAAUGUCGGCCCUUUGUAGAGGGUUAAUUUAUUCUUUUCCUUCUGAGAAAACACACACGCAUAAAUAUGUACAUACAUAUACAAGAUAUCCAUAAGAACCGUUAGAUAAUUUUUUUACUUACAACUUUUAAUUA